AUGACUUUGACAUCCAGCAGCCCGGAGAGACCCAUCACCUACAAGUGGUCAUCGCUCCCUCAAGAGCUUCGACUGCAAAUCUUUGGAUACGUGACCGGACAGCGAAAUUAUCGAGCUAGGGGCCUUAGUCGCUUUGCCUGCGUCUCUUCCGAAUGGCAAGAUCACUUUGAAAGGAUCACAUUCCGACGCCUUUUGAUCGACAACUCCCAACUGGUAACAUUCUCCAACGUGACCGAGGGCGAAAAGGCUGUGAGAUUGUCAUAUAUACGUUACCUAUGCUUGAGAAUCAAGCUCCAGGACUACGAUUACCCGGAAUGCAAUAACGAGGAGUCCAUUGCCACGAUAAAAUGUAAUAACAGGAGAUUUUCUGAUUCUCUGAUUGGAUUGUUUAAUGUGCUCUGCCGUUGGGAGCCUUCCACCGAUCGGGACACCGGAUUAAUACUCGAUAUCACUGCUUACUCACCUGGUGACAACAACUUUUCCGAAGAAGCAUCGUUAGAAUACGCUAUACAUAACAACUUCCAGCUACGUCUGUGCGACCCUGGGAAGAAUUGGCAUAGGCCAAAGACCGAGAAAGGAUUGAGGCGACUACAAGGCACACCACUUGAGUUGAGUACAACGAAGAAAUUCAAUCAAGUCCCGAUCGUUCAUACUCUCUGGAUACGCCAUCAGUUCCACAGAGGGAUAGAUAAAAGGAGCUUGGUACGGAUCUUGCGCAUGGCUCUGACGAGCGUCGUUUCUUUCCGGCUCGAAACUUUCGGUGACUGGACCAGUCUAAUUCUUCGACUUCCCGAUCAUAUUCGUCGAUUUUCCUUGAACCUCGUCUCAAGAUCACUCGCUCAGUCAAACACAGCAUUCAUAGAAGGAGCGCCUGAACAACCAAAAUUUCUAGCAGAGAAAGCUCACAAUUUGGUCGCACUCUGUCCACCUGGUGGCAUGAACCCACUGCAUUUUAUUCAGCAUCUUCGAAAGUCACAGCAGUACCAAGAACUCGAACAUGGUUCAAAACUGGAGCAGUUAUGUCUUGAGGGUCCAAAUAAAGCUUACGGAGACGCUGUAUUGUUCCAGGGUCAGUUAAAUGGUCUCUUGGAAGAAUCUGCCGUCACCGCCCGAGAGUUGCCAAAUCUCCAGAUUAUGGAAAUUUGGUGGCACAAUGGGAUAAAUGCCUGUUUGUUCAGAUAUGAGCUUGAGAAAGACCAAGUUACCAUCACAUGGAGAGUAACUGAAAACUGGAUAAACCUGACAGAAGGAAGUAGGCAACAGUGGGCGAGAGUAGCUCAGAAGUAUAAUGUGGGCUUUUCAGUUAAGAGAGAGCCGUUUUGGGAAGUCAGGCGAAACGGCAUGCGUAUUGAUGGGAAGAGCAUCUACCGGCACUUGAAGCUGUGCGAUUUGGCAGUCGAUCCAGUUACUCUGGCCUAUGCUGAGACAAGGCUAGGCUGGUAG